AUGCACAGCACCAAAAGACUGCAGGUACCUCAUUGCAGUGCAGUUAUGAGUUUUAAAAUUGGUAACCCACAGACAAGGCUACAGGUGAACUCAUCAUGGGGAAAUCAGGUAAGUACACGUAACCUCACUGGCUGGAGAGGUGUACUGAUUCUUUCUUCACCAUACACCCCUACCUGGCAUGACCUCAGUAAGCUGGGAGCCUCACAACUCCUGUUAACAUAUGCUUACCAUGCUCAGCUUCUAGGGAUGCAGCAGCCACAUCCCUGUCCUAUCGCAUUUCAGCCACUGACAGCUUUUCCAUACCUAAUUAGUCAUAUGGCCAUGAAAAGAAAUUAUCUUGUUUAA